UUCAUCAGUUUCAUGGUUUACAUAUAUCGGGCCCCCCGCCUGUGCUCAAUUUAUUAUUAUAUUCAAUAUUCAUUUUAAAUUUUCCCCUUUGUUCAUGAGUGUCCUUAAAUAGUGUUCUAAUUUUUGUUUUCCGAUAUGGAUAGCCAAGGAAGAAAAGUCAUAGUUUGUGAUAACGGGACCGGCUUCGUGAAGUGUGGCUAUGCUGGCUCAGAUUUUCCUGCCCAUAUAUUUCCAUCAAUGGUCGGCCGACCCAUAAUUCGAGCUGUUAACAAAAUAGGAGAUAUUGAAGUUAAGGAUUUAAUGGUUGGAGAUGAAGCAAGCACUCUUCGAUCUAUGCUUGAAAUAAACUACCCCAUGAAAAAUGGAAGUGUGAGAGAUUGGGAAGACAUGUGCCAUGUGUGGGACUACACAUUCGGACCUCAAAAAAUGAAUAUUGACCCGAAAGAAUGCAAAAUUCUUCUCACAGAACCUCCCAUGAACCCAAUUAAAAACAGAGAGAAAAUGAUCGAAAUUAUGUUUGAGAAAUAUCAAUUUGCAGGAGCCUAUAUUGCCAUCCAAGCAAUGUUGACACUGUACGCUCAAGGACUCUUAAGUGGAGUUGUUGUUGAUUCAGGAGAUGGUGUUACACACAUUUGUCCUGUUUAUGAAGAAUAUGCUUUGCCCCAUCUAACUCGGCGACUCGAUGUUGCUGGCCGAGAUAUUACCAAGUAUCUAAUCAAGCUCCUUUUACUUAGAGGUUAUGCAUUUAAUCACUCCGCUGACUUUGAAACAGUCCGUAUGAUGAAGGAGAAACUAUGUUACAUAGGUUACAAUAUUGAAACUGAAAAGAAAUUAGCUUUAGAAACCACAGUUUUAGUAGAACCAUACACUCUACCCGAUGGUAGAGUCAUUAAAAUCGGAGGUGAGCGGUUCGAAGCUCCAGAAGUUCUCUUUCAACCGCAUUUGAUCAACGUUGAAGGUCAAGGAAUAGCCGAGCUUGUGUUUAGUGCCAUUCAGUCUGCAGACAUUGACAUGCGAACAGAACUUUACAAACACAUAGUAUUAUCAGGCGGUUCUACAAUGUAUCCAGGUCUUCCAUCUCGGCUAGAGCGAGAGAUUAAACAGUUGUACAUCGAGAGGGUGCUGAAAAAUGACACAACUAAUAUCUCCAAGUUCAAAAUUCGAGUCGAGGAUCCACCUCGGCGGAAAGAUAUGGUUUUCAUGGGUGGAGCAGUCUUAGCUCAACUCGCCAAGGACAAAGAUAACUUUUGGAUGUCUCGAGCAGAAUACUUAGAAAAAGGCGUUGGCAUUCUCAGUAAGCUGAAUCCCAACUACAAAGAAUGUUGAUCUUAACUAAUGUGCAUUUCUUCUUCUUUUAUAUAUAUAUGAUAAGUAUUAUUUAUUUUUUUAUUCUAAUUUCUACUUUUCUAUAAUUUGUAUUAUUUCACUGAUUUUUAGUCAUGAAUUAUGUAUAUAAUUGUUAUUUUAUAAAAAAAUUCUUUAUAAUUUUAAAUUUACCCUUAAUUCAAUUGAAUACUACAUUGUUAAAGUUCUUUGAACUAAAAGACUCAAUUAUUAAGUCGCUUUUAAUCCAAAUUUAUAUCAGAUAACAGUUCUUACUCUCUGAACAUCUAUGGUGCCCUAAGUCUCAAUAAUGAAUUUUUUCUCUUUUUUUACCGAAGAUGAAUGAUGAAAUGAAGUUACACAAAAUAAAAAGUGAAAAUUUCACUAAAGAUGAGACUGCCAUCUGUGUGUCCUUGUGUAAUUCUGUUGAAAUCGCCGAGACUUUCUCUCUAAACGAUCCACAAAAUUUUGUUGGAUCCCGUUUCAUGCCUUCAAAAAAUUUGAGUUUUUAUAUUGCUGGCUGUCAAUUUUCUGUAAGUAUAGAUGAUCCAUGCAUUGAAUGAAAUAAGUACUGUUUUUUUUGUGCAAAAUUCAAGGUGAGACCGAUCCAAUGUUCUUGCGUUGCUCGUCAUGUUCAAAGCUGAAAACGAAAGUAAAAUCUGAGUGUUGGAAAUUUGUUCUCAGUAUCUGAAAUUUUAACCAUCCAUCUUUCAGCGAACUAUAGAGAAAGUGAAAAGAUAAUUUUGUGUUUGUACAGAUAAUCAGUAUCUUCUCUACCUUGCAUCACUCAUCAGUAAUGCAAAUCGGAAAAUAAUUUUUGUAUUAACUACGUUGAAAAAUGUGCAAUUACAAUGGAGAUGGAGUGAGUUUCAAGACAUGGAAGUUUGAUAACUUUCUCUCAAACUCUUGCAGUAUGAAAGAUUUGUCAAUCGAAAAAUCAGAAAUUAUUACUGCUUAUGUCCCACAAACCACUGUUUCUAAAAUUCCUCACAACAUCAAGAUUUCCAAUUCGUCAAAAUUCAUGAAUUCGGUUCAUCUACAAUGAUGACAAAAAGUUAUGUAUGCUUUGCAACUGAUCUUAACCUCACCAAAAGAAUAGCAAAAAAGUGUUGCUAUUAAUUGAAUGAGUGUAUGCUGAAAGGGUGUAAGUAAAAAAAACUCAUGAGGCUUAGUGUCCUGUGCAAUCAACCAAAGCCAGCGCUCAUGAGUUUUUAGACUUAAGCUCUUAUAAUAGGCAUUAAUUUAAUUGCGUCACUCUUGUCCCUAAGGUAUAGACCCUUUGGGACACCCAGACUUACUUCUCUGUAACUUGUACAGAAUGAUUGAAUGUUUUUCUUUCUUUUUUAGUCUCUCUGUUGGCUACUGAGGAUCCUGAAUCAAUGCUAAUUCUAAUCUAAAACCAUAAAUAACGUGUUUUACCAAAACAAUAAUGCGAAGGGGGAGGGGGGAGGUCUCUCAAAUUCAGGAAACAAUAAGGCAUUGCCACAGAAACAAGGUAAACUUAACUUACCCUAUCAACUGAUAAAUGGUGUUGUUGGGGUAUUUUGUUCCCUUUAUUUAUCAUCAUUUUUUUUUAAACAGCUCCUGUCAGAAAAAAUACAUUUUAUCAAACCAGUAUGCCAUCAGUAAAUAAGUAAACCCUCGAAGAUUCAACAAAAAAUUUCAAACUAAAAAUUAGCUUUUACAAACUCUAUUUAGGGUUCAUGUAGGAACCUGUUAUUGGGGGACUUUCUAACAUUGAAGAUUGUUUAUAAAAAUUGUUUUUGAGAAUUAUUAUCUCAUCACUUUAUUUACUGACAUUCUAGUUGAAUCUUCACCUGGUUGGAAUCCUCUUUACUUUGAAUAAGGCAAACAUCUUGCAAUAAAUCGCUACUUUGCUCAGUU